UCUUCUUAUUCCCAGAUUUUGGCAAACAUGGACAGCCAUUGAAUUUUUUUAUGAAGAGCAUCAGAGGAAAUAAAAUCCUUUAUUGAAGUCAGAUGAACAGCUGCUUGAAACUUCAGAUAACGAUCAACAGACUUGCUGGACAUCCUUUCAAAAGGAACACAACCAAAACAGGUAGAGUCUUGGUUGCAACGCCUUGAGGAAACUGCACACAAACUGGUACGUCUCUGCAUCAUGGAGGCAAUACUGGCCUAGGAAGAGAAGCAGAGAGAACAGUCACUUGGAGAAAUGCUCUUAUUACCAUGCUCCUUUGAGAACUUUCCUUGGAUGAUCAUCAAAAAAUCAUGGCCAUUUGCACUGUAGACAUUCAUGCCAGAGAUGUAUUAGCAAGCCUUUGAGCUCAGAAGGUGUUACAUUACUCUAACUCAAACUCUCGACCUGAAAGUGAGUGGUUCUCCUGAAGAACCAGCUGACAUAGGUAAGACAGAGACCACUGAAGAUUUAGGCUGUGCCCUUGGUAUGAUGGUGUACAUCUUCAACUGUUCAGAAUACAUGGAUGACAAGAACCUGUGGCAUGGCUGUCCCUGACAUUGAACUGAUCUCUGAAAUUAGGUUGGUUGCUGAAGGGUUUAUUGAUGCGUGUCUGUUAGCUAGGAAGUUUAUCACCUUGUAACCACUCUGCUUGGAGCUGCUCCCUGAACAGGUAUGAUAGGCAGAAGCUAACUAAUAAAGAAAUUCAUAGUUGUCAAUAUGUUGCUCAUAUGAAUCCAACUGCUGGCAGCUUCACUAUCAAACCUAGGCUCCAGGUAGAUCUUGCCAGUUUGUACAUCAAGACUGGUGCCAAGAACAUGCCAACAGUGUUUUUGCUGACAGAUGCCCAAGUUCCAGAUGAACGCUUUUUUGUGCUGAUUAAUGACUUGUUGGCAUCAGGAGAGCUUCCAGAUCUGUUCAGUGAUGAAGGCUUGAAGGUCAUCGUUGCAGGAGUUAGAAAAAGUCUGGGCCCUGGGCCUGAUGGACACCAGAGAGCACUGCUGGAGGUUCGUCUUGAAUAGUGGCUGCAGUUGAAAAAGGUUCCUUUUCCUGUGAUGGAGGGCCUGGACCCAAUUGCCACAUUGACGGAUGAUGCUACAAUUGCAGCAUGGAGUAACGAGAGACUGCCUGGUGAUAGGAUGCCAACAGAAAAUGCCACUUCUCUAAGACACUGCAAGUGCUGACCUCUGAUGAUGGAUCCCCAGCAACAGGGAAUUAAAUGGAUAAAGAAUACAUGUGGAGCUGACCUUAAGUCAUACGUCUAGGACAGAAAGGGUCAAGUUUUCUGAAGACCAUUGAAAGAACUUUGGCUUUUGAUGAGACUGUACUAAUUGAAAACAUGGGUGAAUCUAUUGAUCCCAUACUUGAUCCCCUGCUUGGAAGACAUAUAGUUAAAAAGGGAAGAUAUAUCAAGAUUGAAGAGAAAAAAUGUGAAUUCAACAAGAAUUUCCAUCUCAUCCUUCACACUAAGCUGGCUAACACUCACUACAAGCAAGAACUGCAGGCUCAGGCCACCCUCAUUAAUUUCUCUGUCACUGAGGACAGGCUGGAAGACCAGCUGUUGGCUGAGGUUGUUAGUCCUGAAAGGCAAGACUUAGAAAAACAUAAGUCCUGGCCAAGCAGCAGAAUGGUUUCACGAAUGAGCUCCAGCAGCUGGAGGAUGACAUGCUGCUCAGGCUGUCAGCUGCCUGAGGCAAUCUCUUAGAUGACAGUGCACUGUAAAGAAAAUCAAAUCAACAAAGUCAACUUCAGCAGAAAUACAACACAAGCUUUUCAGAUGAGGAAAAAUCUCUGAUUGAUGGUGCUGACAUUGGUUUGCAGUUUCUUCACUAUAAAGUGAUGCCUCUGUGCUCAAACCCUGUGGCUGUGCAGUUUCUGGCACAAGGUGACUGCUGCUUCAGUAUCAAUAAUUGCAGAAAUUCCAAAGAUGCUUUCAUGAACUUUGUGGAAGAAAAGCUUUGGCUGAAGGUACAUGGAAAGCGCAAGGAUGGAUUUAGCAAAAUGCUAAGUGAGCAGUCCAGCUCAACCAGUCCUGUGUUUUCCAUUCUGGCUUCCAGAGUAGACCCACUUGAAGAUACUGAGACAUUAGGCAAAAAGCUUGGGUUCAUUAUAGACUGUAGACUCUAGAAGAUUUUAUAACAUCUCUUUUGGACAAAGGCAGGAGAUGGUUGCAAAUGAGGCACUCAAGAAGGCUGCCUGCCAUGGCCAUGGGGUUCUUUCCCAAUUGCGUUGUUGGGAGACUGAAGUUUGGCCCUCAGGGCUGGAACGGAAGGCAGCGGUUCAGCACCAGAGAUCUCUGCGUCUGUGUCACUGUCCUCUGCAACUAUUUGGAGGCCCAUGUGAAGGUAGGUCCUAUGGGAAAACUUUCAUUACCUCUUUGGUGAGAUCAUACAGAGUGGCCACCAAUACCUGGGACCACAGGCUCUGCUCUGUACACCUGCAAGAACUCAUCAGACCACUUGUGGUAAGAACUUUCACAUAUGCCUGAAGCUCCUGAACAUGUAUAUAUAGUAUAUUCAACCUAAGGGAAAUUGAAGACCACAAACUUUCUCAUCUAUGCAGCUCCACCUGUAGCUAGGUCUUGUCUGACUGUGAAGGAAUAAAUUUACAAUGAUUCAUCAUGAGCAGAUUUUGUCUGAAAACGUUUGUGACUUGGCAUACUGCUUGUUUACUUUUUCAAGUACCCUUACUUGGUAACGUGAAUUCAGUAUUUUGUAACACUGCUUGUAUAGUGAUCUUAAUGACAUUGGGUACACUUAGGUUUUCAUUUUCCUAGUAAUACUAUUUUACGGUGCUUCAAUUUAGAAAGGUCUGGAUUGGCACGGGAAAGUAUCUCUUAUGGAACUGGUUACUUUAACCAACAUAACUGACAGAUUCACCAGUUCCAGCAGUCCAGAAUGGCACUAUCCUCAAAACUUGCACUUACUGUUUGCAUAUUUUCUUCUCCAGAAAAAUAGUAGAAUGGAAAUGUUAUACAUUUCCUUGCAUUUUCCCAUUUCCAAAAUAGGGAAAAUAGUUUGUAAGACUGUUUUUAAUUUUCUACUACCCUCUCACACAUCUGUAGCUUUGUCAGUUUAUCACCAGCUGACAUAUACUGAAUAUUCAAAUUUCACUGUUGAGUUUCUGUCCUGGACAGCAGUGUAUGUGGAGCAUCCAUGAGUCCAAGGUGCCAGGUAGGCAGAGUUGCUUCUAAUCAGCAACAAAUGUUAGAAUUUUUGAGGCUACAAAAAGAAAAUGUUGCUCUAACUUUAGUUCUAGGAAGUCUUGCUUGGAAAUUACUUUAAGCUAUUUCCAUAUACAUACAUUUAUAUGUAUUUAUGUGGAUGUAUAUACAGGGGGUGUGUGUAUAAGAUAUAUAGAUAGAGAUAAAAAUAUUAAAACUACCCAGUCAGUUUCUGGGUUUGCUGAAGUAGUUACUUCAGAGAACUGAUUGUACACAAUUUUCUGAAAACAGCCAAGAGAUUUUUCAAGUACCCUUUGCAGACUUCUUAUUUUUCAUUUUCCAAAGGUAAAAUUUUAUUUGAGAAGAAUAAAAUAUGGAAAUUAGCAUGUUACAUGUGAGCAGGCCAUUUGUGGAGCCUGGAUAACUUGGGGGAAGUGCUCCUUUCAGCCCUGGCAAUGGGCUGAAGCUGCCUUGCAGUUGCAAGCAAGAUGAGCGGGCUGAUGUCUCCUCGGUCCCUAACAAGCAGGUUUUCAUAUGUCAAAGAGCCACACUCAGAUGAAGGUAAUUGGAAGUAACUGCUCAGAAGAAGAUGCCCAAGAGUAAGUUGCCAUGGAGAUGGAAAGGCUAAACACCACUGUACUCCUAACCUCGAAGGAGGCGGAUUUCUCCACAUGACAGCUGAGGUCACAGGGGCACGCUGGGAAGCUCAUCCUGCCAGCUCGAGGUCUUCCUGUAGCCUAUGGAUAAGUGAAGAAUUACUGCUUCCAGUUUUGGUAGUCCAUUAACCUUCACAAGCCUGAACUUUCAUUCAAAUAAUUGCAAAAUAAGUAUAGGUGGUGAAACCUGAACAGAAUCACUGCUAUUUGUAUGGCCUUUGGAAAGUUUAGGGACCCAACCCUGAGCUUGGAUCCACUGGUGUGGAUCUUUCCAAGAUUUCUGAUGUAAUUGGAAAAUACUAAAGCUCAGAAUUACCAGCAAAACCAGAAAAUCAUUUAUUGACCGGCAACCAAAUGAAUGUAAACAGGAUGGCCUUUCAUCACUGGUGGGGCUUUGUGUUCACUGGGGCGAUUACCUUCUCUUUUUACCUGUUUGCCUUACUGAUGAGUUCUUUUAGAUAUAAAUUCAUUUCACAAGGUGCAUUAGAAUAAGCCACUAUGCAUGAGCUUUGAUAUACCUCACCUGGGAUCUGCCAUAAGGACAGAAGGGUGGCGAGUUCCUGCUAUGAACCCCAGGAACCCACAGCCUCUGUGCACAUGACUCCCAUGGAUACAGUAAAACCUGAUUUAAGUGCCAGCAGAGAGACUGGUAAGUACAAACUGUCUGACAGAAUUGAUCUUCUGCUCAAGGUAAAUAACAGGGCUUUUUUCAAAACCUCAGCACUACUUUAAAGUGGUCUUAAGAUAUAGCCUAUUGUGGGUGAGGUUAGUGGUGCAAGUUCAGGCGCAGGUAAAUGGCUGGUUGCAGAACCAAAUGACUUCAGAAAUAAGUGCUUAGUGAUGUUAUUUUGAGCAACAGCUUGUUGUUGACUGUUCUAAAUGCCAAAAGCCGUUAAAUGUUAUUGUGAUUCUGUGGAGUGGACCCUGCAUUAGGAAGAAAUAGCUCUUGUGAAAAGUACCACUUAAAGCUAGAAAUAUUUUUCAGCAAAAACAACUUCAAGUCUAGUUUAAAUCCCAGACAGCCCUAUGACAAUAAGUUCAGAUAAAUGCUCUGAAUCCAGUGAAGUUCUUACAGCACAGGAGCUGGGGGAGUCUGGAAAAGAAAUGUGAUUGCUACAGCUUUUAUUCUGUCCUGUCAUCUGUAGGAGUACUCUUAUACACCAAGAAUACAUCUCACCAAAGCCCUGUCUACCUACUUAAAUCUUGAUCUGCUCUAAAGUCCCAAGUCUUAUCUUAAAUAUCCUGACAGAGUUAGGGCCUAGGUGCUCUGUAGGAACAGUGCAGUUAAUAGUGUUCGGUUCAAUAUUGAGCUGAUUGAGACCUUAAUUUUUUUCUCCUGCAAAAAUCAUCACCACUGUCUUUCUCACUGAGGCCAAAGCAGCAUUAUAAAACCCCAAGCAAGACUCCUACCUUUGGAGAGAUGCAGUGGUGUAGCUAAUUUUCUUUUCUGUUCCAGCUCCUGGCUGCUAGGGACAUUCUCUUCAGCCAGGCAGAAGAGAAUGGAAGGGACAUAAAUACUGUCCUGACUAGCAACCAUUUCUGUGGAAAGUGGAAUGGGAUCACUGUUUCAGAUAAGAUUGCCCAUAUACUGACAUGUGCUAUCCCAGUUCCACACUCCACUUACCUGUCUCAUCUACCUGUCUGUCCCUUUGACCACUUUAAGGUUAUUAUGAGUGCAGUGUGUUUGUACAAAGCCCCUAAUUAAUGACAGACUAAAUAGAACUAAUGUUGUGGCUCAUAUUAACACACAACAGGGUUGAGGUGAGUUGAGACUCCAGUCCUGCCUCUCCCACAGGUGUCCUGUGUGACUUUCCUCCUGCUCAGACUCUCAUCUGCAAAAUGGCAUAAUAAUCCUUGCUUGUCUGCUGCAGGGAUGCAGACAUUCAGCACUUAAAAUACACUCACCUCAGUAGUGACAGUCCCUAAAACAAACUCAGAGCAUCCUCAUGAAGGAAGAAGCAACAGUAUUUUAACACUGCAGAAAAUGGGACUGUCGGGAAAUUAUGCAAAUAGUAACUAUGCUAAAAAUACUUUAGUAACCCUCUUCCAUUGUAUCAGAACAUACAGGCAUCAUGUCCACAGACUCCAAGCAAAUCUCAGAAAUUUUGUAGAUACAGAAGAAUAUUUCAAGAACUGGUCUCAGAAUUAUCAAUAACAUUAUUGAUUCUUUUCUGCAGCUUGAAGGGGAACCGGCACUAGGUUUCUUGGCCCCACGAAAUCUGGAUUGUGAUGGAUACCAUAAAUACAUAGAUUAAAUUCUUGCAUCUGAAAGCCCUGUACUAUAUGGACUGCACUCUGAUGCUGAGAUGAGAUUCUUGACAACAAUAUCAGAUAAUUUCUUCAAAACUCUUUCAAAAAUGCAACCUAUGGAUACAUUUGUAGGAGAGGGAUCAGGCUAGUCUGCAGAGAAAGAUGUGAAGUUCUUAAUCUGGUGUGUUGUCAGUGCUUUAAUGACAUGUGGAGCACACAUCUGACUGUGUUAUUUCAGCAAGAGAUCUAAUUUCUGGGGGGAAAAUGAUGCAUCAAAUUAGAAAAGAUUAAAUGAGUGUUAAUACUAGUGAUGAUAAUGCACCAGCCUGGCCAAGGUACUGCACUAGGAAGGAAUUUGGACCAAAGAUAUUUGGAGUAGAGGAACAUCUAACCUGUUAUGCAGUUCAUUUCUUUUUAACUUUGAAUUAAUUGUGGGGUGGGAAACAAGGUAUGGAUCUAUCUUACUUUUUUUUUGUAUGCUUUUAUAAACAAGUACAGCAACAAUAACUUACUAUAAAAAAGGCACGGUUGGUUGAAUUGGUGGGUCUAGUCUUCACCUCUGUCCUUUGUUCUCAUCUCCUGCAUGAUAAAUUCCCUUUGAGUAGCUUUCCUGCUCCUUCCCACUUGUACCAAGCAUAGGAAGUCCCUCCCAGCCUGCAGUCCUGGAUUCUUUCUGCCACACUGACAGCACAGCCAAGCGGCGAUGUGCACAGUCUCCAUGACACGAAGUGCAGCCCAAGCACAGUGCUCUCCCAUCACUUCCCUUGCUGGGCCCUUGAUCUGAUUAGGAGCCAAGUGGCUGCUCAUAGAGACUUCCCAUCUAAGCAGUAGCCGAGGAGGUUUUCAGGGAGUUUUAGUUUACUGGUAGUCUGAAGAGGUGAGAUCUGGCCAAGGAGGCUGUUUGACCAUCUCUUAGCCUUAGCACCUCUCUUGUACAGAACCUGUAAGAGUUUAGCAGAACAAUAUCAUUAACAAUAUCAAUAAGCCAUCAGAUGCUAGGUUAAAGGGACCAACCCUAAUAGAAGGCUAAGCUUUGUCAUUUAAUAUGGAGUUAACUGGGGCACUGUAGUUCUGUUCAUGGAACAUCACUGGUGCUGUACUUAAGAGAUUAAAUGAAUAACACAUCAGCAGGGAAGGAAAAUGUAAUCAGAAAUCUCAGCUAGUUCUGUUUCAGACCUUUCUGUCUUCUGCACCUUCCUUUCUGAGUGUAAGUCUGAGAAACUAUGUCCAGAAGCCUCAAAACCUGCCAUGUGAUGAGACUGAGCCUUGAGCUCCUCAUCCUUACCAGAGUUAAUUAAAGUCUCCUGUGACUCCCACUCUUCUGCAUUUCUCAGUCCCUUUCUUUACUCCCUUCUUUUCCUCUAGGCACUCUUUUUUUUUUCUCUUAUCAGUAUCCGAUCAUGGAGGCUUUGCAGGAGGGAGUGUGACAGCUCUUCUUGCAAGUGGCCAAACAGCACUUCAUCUGCUGGGGGAAGUUUGUGCUUUUCACAUUCAGUUCCCAUCCACUUUAGGGAGUCUGGACUAUUAUAUAUGGCAUUCAUUAAUUCUGCCAAAGCUAGGACUGAAACAGAGGCUGAGCUGCAUUAAUGCUGUGAUUUCAAUUCCUGCUCAUUAGUACUGUUAUGAAUUGUUCUUCAUUUAUGUUCUGUCUCAGUUACAGAGCAGGCCUGCAGGGAGGGAGAGAGGCUCUUUUGGGGGGUGAGACGUGUGUGCCUGUGCCUGCACUGUAUUUUGCCUAAUGCCUGGGACAGGAAGGACUGUGGGUGGUGGAGAGGGUGAAGGAAGCUAUUAGGUUCUAGAGAAGUACAAACCUCCAAACACACUCAGCUGAAAAUCAAGGCAAUUUCAGGGUACAUCCUACUAACAGCAGUCAUCCCAAGUCUGGAACAAUGUGUUAGUGGGCUUCAGGGGUCAAUAUUACUUGAAAAUGUGAAGCUAAAUAGAAGCUGCUAAGUGUUAAUUGUUUUGCAGUCAUUUAUCUCAGUACUGUUGCCAAAAAGACAGCAAAGGUGAGGGAGGGAGCAUCACUGGUUUUUAUCUGAGAAAACGAGAUGUUUGCACUCUCCUGGAAAAGAAAUCAGACUUGAAAGUAGAAGACACAAAAAGAGUUGACUGCUGGGAUUUCUAAUGGCACUGUUGUAUUGUCCUGGACAAGUUAAAGAAUGUCCUGGAUGAUAUUCUGGAGAUACUUCUUGAGAAAUUUAAUGUCAUGCAGAAGACUACUGCCUGGAGCCCCUGUGCCCUUGUUUGCCUUCAAGAGUAUAGGAGGAGGAAACUUUGUCCUUUCAGAGAUCUGUAGCUGGACCUCAAUACGAAAGCAAAUGACUUUUUUAUUAACAGUACUGUUGCUCUUCUGUGCAUUUUGGGGCUUUUUUUUUGCUUUUUUUGGAAAUGAAAGAAUAGCUAUUCUUUAUGGUGUCAGUAUGCUUUUUAUUUUUCUGCAGACAAAGGGGGAGCUGAUAUUUUCUCCUCACAUGGAAGUGCUGCAAUCUACACUCUUCUGUGAUGUUUUGCCAAACACAUGGACUAAACUAGCAUAUUCCUUCCACAUAAUGCUUUACCCACUGGUAAGUACCCUACAGUGACAGGGUUUAGCUACUAAGCACAGAGCUAUUCCAGCAGCUUUAUUCUUUUUUUUCCAAAAUUUUUCCUAAUGAAAGUCAGUUUUCCUUUGAAGUGGGUUUUGUAGAAAUGCCAAGCACUUUGCUGAAGGCUCCAUCACCACCCUUUGUCCCAAGUACUAGGGGUGUUCAGCAUCUUGCAGGAUUCCUUUUCCCCCAGCCUGCCACCAGCAAUAGCUGCUUGCAGGUGGCUAGACAUGGAUAAACCAGGCAGUGUUUUUGGAAAUUCCUCUGAUACCUCAUGGCAACGUAUGCUGCAGUAUGCCAUUACUCAAACAAAAAAACCAAACAAAUAAAGACCCCAAACAAAUAAUAAUUUAAAAAAAAAAAAAAAACCACAAAAAUUGUCUUUCUCCUGUUUUUUUUUCUUCAGCCUUGGCAAACAGUUGACAGUUGUAAAUAAACAGAUCUAAAGAACUCUGAUUUUUUUUAUUUGCUAUGCCAUAAUACUUAUAAGCCUUUGGGGAGAUAUACCAAGAAGCAAGGAAGUACUUGAAAAUCCCUGUAUUAGCAUGAUAUAUAAUGACACAAGUAUGUGGGCAAAGUGUAAGAAUUAAAAGAAACUUUUUUUCAUCUGGAUUUUCAAGCAGUCAGUUAUUGCAGUAGGUGUAAUAUGGUUGUAGGCUGUCUCUCAAUGGAAAUCACGUUCAUCUUUUGAGCUGCAACCCCUCUUUUAACAACUUUCAGAGGAUAAACAUCAUACCUUGUUUUUUUGAAUCUGUGUUUUCCUGAGACUGAAGCAUCUCAUUUAGGAAUGCCAAUUCAGGCCUGUCAUCAAAAUGAGAUUUUAGUUUUAACUUUGAAAAGCUGUAAACUAAGUUACAGUUCAUUAGAGGAAAGGUGAAUGACUCCCAGAGGCAAUUAAAGAAACAUCAUUGUUACUUGUACUCUUCACCAGACCCACAUAUAUAAUAAAAGGAAAGCAACACUUUUGGAAGAGAGUUGCUACUACAGAAGCCCCAAGGGGCAAGUCAGGGUGGGAGAGUGGAGCAAUGACAAAGAUGUCAUUUGACUGUUGCUUUUUGAAAUGGUGACAUGCAUUUUUCAGAGGAUUUUUUUUAAAGCAUUUGUCAAUCCAAGGGUAAUACUGUAUAUUCCUCCUCUGGAUAUGAGGGAAGUAUCGUGGAACCUUGUGACUGAAGUUUGUGUUUGUGAUGGUAUUUGCAUAUAUAGUUUCCUGUCACAUAAAUCCUCCUAAAAUCCACAACAAGCAUAUGCAACAUUUUAUAUGCUAGUUUAUGUUAGAAGAACACACAACAAACUUAAAUCCAGCAGCUUUCAGAAAGUGCAUGGCCCUUCAGCAGCACAGAACUCAUCUGUUUUAACUACACCAAAGUACCUGUUUGAUAUCUCACAGUACACAUACAGGCUAAGUGUUCCAGCAUAGUUCUCCACCCUUUGGUGGAGAAUUCACCAUAAACUAGUGGAGGAUUACGGGAAAAUCUGAGAAUUUGACUUUGGCAGGAACAUUCAUAUUUUAAGUCCCAACUGUAAAUAGCUUCCAGUCCCUGCUUUCAAUAAGAGGGCAUGUUGAUGAAACCACAAGUCCAGUCCAGGCAGAUGCUACGUACUGAUCUCUGCAUUCAGACAAAGAGAUGAUGCACAACUGGACAACAUUACAGCCUGCACUAAAUCUGCAUGUUCAAAUGUAGCUUUAUCUGUUUAGCCACUGUUAAAACCCAAAUUAUUCCAGUCUUGCACUACAGAACACUACGUAAACCGCGUGCUGUUUAUUGCAGGCACCAGGCUGGACAUCAAGCUGGGGCCGAUUCCUGAAGCGCAGCUCAAGGAAUUGACUUAGCAAUGCCAAUCAUUUUUUUAAGGGCAAUUCCAGUGGAUCAAAGGGAAACAGAUAAUGUUUAUGAAUGUCCAGUUUAUAAAAUCAAAAGCAGAGGGCCAGCUUAUGUUUGGACUUUCAAUCUGAAAAUCAAGAAGUCAGGUAAAUGGGUUCUGGCAGGAAUAGCUUUACUCUUGGCAGUUUAGUACUAACCUUUCAAUAAUACAUGCUGCUUUCUCAUUCUGCCUUGUAGUAAAAGUUAAGGAAGAUAAACAUUUUUCAAAGUCAGCUAGAGCAGGAGAUUUGCCUCACAAAAACACAAUCCUUAGUGUAACACUUAUGUGCUCUAUGUUGUUAUUUCCUCAUCCAUCAGUGUUGUGUUCAUGUGUUUCUCCACAUAAUGAUUAUUGAUCUGCAAGCACCAUUACACCAGCUACGGGAAAGUAAAUGGGAAACAUUAGCAUCUGGGUGUAGUUUGACUCACAAAGUACUCCUCUUUAGAUUAGUCUUUAUUCUCUCUACAUAAAAUGAAACAGGUAUCUUACAAGAAUUUUAACAUAUUUUAACAUGCAAUACAAGCAUGUUGCAUUUAAACGAAGUUGUUCAAAAGCCUGGUUGUACAAAUGAAAAAAACCUCUAAGUAUGAACUGUAAGAAGCAAAAAAAAAAUUAAUCCUGAACUCCGAUUUAGACCAGAUGGUUCAGGCAGCAGAUGCACUACACAAAAACUGCUGGUUUUACUGGGAUGAUGUUUAAAAUUUUAUUUUAUAUUUUUAAAGAAAUACUCUUCUAGUUUCAUGUUUCUGUGAAUAAUUGCACUUUGAAAUAAAAUAAAAAAAAACAAUCAUCCUCCCA